UGUGUGAGUUCCACGCAGAGUGGGAUGUAACAGAGGGAAGUGUCAUUUUCAAGCGCAGCCAGCUACGGUUGUGUAUGGACGAGAAAGGCAUGACGGAUUGGAAGCACACCCUGACAUCAAUCUACCGGCUUACUUGUGUACACACUGACGUGCCAACUCUGCAUUCAGUGCCAGAUUGUGAUGUGCCUGAAGGAGAAUCAUUUUGGGAAUGAGAGGGCACACUUUUCAAGUCUCGAUAUGAGGUGUCAUCACAACAAGUUCCAGGAAUUUCACUUCACAACAUAAACCGCCUCCAACUGCUAGAAGAGAGAAACCAAGCGCUGAGGCUUGAAGUAGCUACGCUCCGACAGGAGAAACAGCAAUAUAGGAAACUGUGAUGCUUGGAGCCGGCUGAUUAAUUCAACAGAGUGAAUUUCCGCAGCUCACUGAGCACACGUACGGCGGAAGACGCAGAAGGAGGAAAUUGAGCAGAGGGAGAAAGAGGACGGGACAAGAGAAAAUCCAAGCUCCAUGCUGCUUUACAGGAGAAAAAUCGUCUGAACCUCGAAUUGAUCAGCUGUCACCUGAAGGCAUCCAAGUAUGACCAGGUACGAUCUGACUACGAAAAGCUGAGGAAGACCUUUCUCGUCGUGAGCCAGGAGAGAGCGGCGGCACAGAAGCAGAGAAGUGAACUUCAAGACAAAGUGGAGAACCUUGAGCAGGUUCUAAAACAUAUGCACGAGUCUGUGGAACUGAAGCGACAUCUGCAGACAGAGCAUGAACAAACCUGGGUAUCUCUUCACUCUAAGCACAAGCCUCGUGUUCAAAGUGACCAUGAAGAUGAUGCUCACCUUUUAGAGGUGAAAAUAACUGACCUGGAACAGAAAUGGAGGUCACAGACUGAGCAUUUCCAUCACCUGUCCAAAGAGCUGCUCAAUUGCCACUUACAAUCAGAUAGUGUGGAGACCCGUCCCAGUUAUCCCACCUACUAUUCCCAGUCCCCCACCUCACCAAAUAAACAAGUCCCUCCAGUCAUCAGAUCUGAAGAUUCAGGGAAUGAGAUCGCGGCAAACACGUCACUGCUGAUCUCCGGGUUUUCGCUCAGCCAACCACAAACUGGAGACAGAGGACGGCCACAAGUGCUGCCGGUCAAAUCCAGCGCUGUGACAACAGACAACGCUAGCGGCACAAAAAAGAUGGAGGAUGAGCCGAGUCCAUCACCCAGGUCUAAGCCUCGGUACACUGGCCAGGUCCGCCUUUGCACUGCCAGAUACAACUAUAACCCCUAUGAUGGGCCAAAUGAGCAUCCCGAAGCAGAACUCCCUCUGGUGGCUGGAAAGUACCUUUACGUUUAUGGCAACAUGGAUGACGAUGGCUUCUAUGAAGGAGAACUACUGGAUGGCCAGCGUGGACUUGUUCCUUCUAAUUUUGUGGAGUUUGUCCAAGACAAGGAAAAACCAGCAAUUCUGGCUGGAGAGGCAGGAGAGGAGCUGUCCUCACAGGGUCACACACCUUUGGCGCUGAUGCCGGCGGACACAAGUUCCUCUCAGGACAGUCUCCUGAGUUCAGCCAAUGCUUUGGUUCCCUGUAGCAAUGGGACAGGUGGGCCCAUCGACCCUGAGGACCUGGCAGAGGAUGUUGUGCCUUAUCCUCGGAAGAUCACUCUGAUCAAACAGCUGGCCCGGAGUGUCAUCGUGGCUUGGGAGCCUCCGAUCGUGCCUUCUCUGGGCUGGGGGAACAUCUCCGGCUACAAUGUCUUAGUAGACGGGGAGCUUCGUGCCAGCAUACAAUUUGGCGCUCGCACUAAGUGUUUACUCGAAAAGCUGGACCUGGAUGGUUGCGUUCACCGCGUGUCGGUGCAGAGUGUCACCGACCGAGGCUUAUCCGACGAGUUGCGUUGCACCUUAUUGGUGGGAGCCAAUGUUGUAGUGGCACCUUAUGGUCUCCGGGUGGACGACAUCCAGAGAGACACAGCCGAACUCUCUUGGUUGCCCAGCAACAGUAACUAUAGUCAUACAGUAUUCUUGGAUGGAGUGGAGCAUGCAGUGGUAAAACCAGGAAGGUAUAGACUCCGCUUUUUUAACCUGAGUCCCCUGACAGUGUACAAAGUGACGGUGCAGGCUCAGCCGCACCAGGUGCCAUGGCAACUGCCGCUGGAGCAGAGAGAGAGGAAAGAAGCUGGCGUGGAGUUCUGCACUCUGGCUGCAGGUCCAACACCAUAUUGCAGAACAGGUCCCCCACUGCCUCCACAGGAUGUACAGGUGCUCUGUGGACAGGCUCCAGGGGUGCUACAGGUCCACUGGAAGCCCCCCCUGCUUUCACCCAACGGAACCUCUAAUGGGGCAAAUGUCAUUGGCUAUGCAGUCUGCACCAAAGGGCAGAAGAUUGCUGAGGUGAUGUUCCCCAUGGCAGACUAUGUGACAGUGGAGCUGACUAGGAUUCAAUGCCUGGAGGCGAGAGAAGUCAUUGUCCGGACAUUGUCUGUGCAAGGAGAAUCCCAGGAUUCCCAAGUUGCUGUCAUUCCAAACAACCUGCUCGUGCCUCUGCCACCCAUUCCCCUUCCGCCGCCGAUGCACCCCCACCCGCACCCCCAUCCUCAACCUCACCUGCAAUCACCUCACCUUCCUCAUGGUACUCCCCAGCUCCCUGCUCCUGCACUGGCACACGGACAGCCGAUCCCACCACAUCCUCAGCACCCCCACCCUCGACAUCCCCACCCGGGCGGACCUCAGCAGCUUCAGCUCCGACCACCGCACCCUCAUGCGCAGCCUUUAAAUCUCAAGCCUCAGCAACCACACCCAGGUCCUAGGCCCCAACACCGACUGCCUCUGCUGCCCCAUCAUCAGCCGCACCCCGGACCUCAGAGACCAGUAAGUGCCAGAGACCUGGAUGCCAAAGACCCGGUGGCUCACCAUGCAGCUGCUAUUUCACAACCGGGCUGGGACCCCACACGCUCCCCGUCUGCCCAGCCUCCCAUGCCCAUGCAGGGCCACACACUAGAGGCGCCAAAUCUCGCCAAUCUUCGCUUACCAUCCCCACAGAGGAUCCUUCCACAACCUCGAGGCACUCUGAUACCAGACACGGUGGCCAAAGCCAUCGCCCGGGAGGCAGCACAGAGAGUGGCUGCGGAAAGUGGCAAGGUUGAGCGCAGGCCAGUGAGAUACAGUGAGCCAGGUCAGACCUUUCACCAGCACCACUCUGACGAAGAAGAGGAAGACGAGGAAGGGUUUACACGGAGCAGACGAAGAGGACCGUCCGUCGAUGAGUUCCUCCGAGGAUCCGAGCUGGGUCGGCCGCCUCACUAUAGUCACAGUGAAGAGUAUCACAGCGAGAGCAGCCGGGGCUCUGACCUGUCUGACAUCAUGGAAGAGGAUGAGGAGGAGCUGUACUCUGAGAUGCAGCUGGAAGAGGGACGGCGACGCAACUCGCACAACACCCCUAAGACAAAUGCUCCUUCAGGUGGCCGGCGGGAUCGAGAGACAGGAAGAAGGCUCCAUCACGGUUCUCAACCUCAACGGCGGCCGCUCAUGGUCCCGUCUAUUGAGGUAACCUCUGAGAAUAACAAUGAGGGAAACCUCUCUCCCAUCACCGAGGAUGGUAACUAUGGCAGAGUAGCUCGGCACAGGACCAGGUCAUCCCGCAGGCACUCGGGCGGCACCAGGUCCCCCCAUGAUGGCUACCGGGACCGAGACCGCCGCUCUCCCACCUACUACGAAGAGUCUGAGCCAGAAGAGAACUUCAGGAUAUUUGUCGCUCUAUUUGACUACGACCCUCUGUCCAUGUCCCCGAACCCAGACGCAGCUGAUGAGGAGCUGCCUUUCAAAGAGGGCCAAAUCAUCAGGGUAUACGGCGAUAAAGACACAGACGGCUUUUACAGAGCAGAACUGAGAGGCCGGAUGGGUCUAGUCCCCUGUAACAUGGUGUCAGAGAUCCGGGCGGAGGACGAGGAGACGAUGGACCAGCUCAUCAAGCAGGGCUUCCUGCCACUCAGCACCCCUGUGGACAGGAUAGAACAGAGAAGAGGCCUGCGUCAGGGUCAGGCAUCCAGAAGAAUGGUGGCGCUGUAUGACUACGACCCGCGGGAGAGCUCCCCGAAUGUUGACGUAGAGGCGGAGCUGACGUUCUGUGCUGGGGACAUCCUCGCUGUUUUUGGCGAUAUCGACGAAGAUGGCUUUUAUUAUGGUGAGAUGAACGGCCACCGCGGCCUGGUUCCCUCCAACUUCCUUGAAGAAGUGCCUGAUGACGUGGAGGUUUAUCUGACCGAUACUCCAUCCCACCAUCCCCAAGACGAGCCAUCCACUCGGCCCAACGGGAACUCGGCUGCCACUGUCGUCUCUGAGGGCAAACGGAUCACCACCGAAUCUACUGACACGGUGGACAACGACAUGACCCCCGUGAGAGCACCGUCCCCGAUAGUCCGCCCGCUGCUGCCAGGCACCAUGAGACCCUUAAGCCCAACAAGGGGUCCUCAUGCUCCACUGGACCCCCGAGACCCUCAAGAUCUGGCCAACAAAAAGAAAAAGGGAAUUCUGUCCAAAGGAAAAAAACUCCUCAAGAGACUCUCACCUGUGAAAUAAAAAACUCUCAACUGCAUCAACAAAAUCAGUCCAACACCGGGCGGAUGAGGGUUCGAUUGCUGGACUGCAUGAGCCUAUUUAAAUAGAAAAUCCAUGACAUUUAUUCAUGUUCAGUGGUUCAACUUUACUUGAUUAUGUCAGAUGCAGUGCCAAAACAAAGACUCGAGUCACAUUAGUGUAUUCUACUCCAAGAAAAAAAAAUACAAACUUUCAUGUCAGGUUUUAACGAACAUUUUUGAUUAAUUUCAAAGCAGCAUUGGGUCAAAAUGCAGCUGUACAACAGGGUCUAGAUGCGCACACAUGACAAAUCAGUUUUCCCGCCAAAGGAACAGCGCUGGAGUGAGACAUGUUCACGUACCACUAUCUUGUUUUCUGAAUUGGCAAGCUCAUAUAAAACAUUUUUACAGGUCAAAUGUGCCUUUUAUUAGAUGGUGAUAUGAGUGAUAUUUAUUUGUACUGAAAAUGUAUACUUUUUUUGAAUAGUUUUUUUUUUUUCUUAAUAGUCAACUGUUUUCGCGGCCACAAAAUUUGAAUUUGAUCAUAGUUGAAUAAAUGGCAUUUAUUUUCUGUAUUAACAAUACAAUUGCUUUGUUUUCCUAAACUGUGCUUAAAUUGGCUCAGUUUUACUGUAUAAGUUGAAUUGCGAUGUAAAGAACACCAUAUUUUCAUCAACGUGAUGACAUGAAUUGAUUUUUUUUUUUUAAGGGACAAACAGUAGACGUUCUUGCAUUGUUAAUUCAGAAAAAAAAGGGUACUUCCAUCCACCGUGAACGCGAAGCAGUUCUUUGGAGUGAAAGCAUCACUGUUUUUGGGGCUCUCUGCGUGGAGCUGCUGGCUGCUAACACAACCUGUGCUCAGUGCAAUAUCACAAACAGACAGUAGCAUCAGACGGUAAUGGAUCAGCAACACCAGACUGUUUCAGUGGCCUUUAAAUAAAACAAAAAACAUAACGAAACAGCGACACAGAUGUGACAUUCCUCAUUAGGUCACAUGGUUGUGUCACGUUUUCCUGGAUCAGGUCAGAGAGGUUGUUAGGUGCUUUGUUCAAGAUGGUUAAUGUGUUUGUCUGGUGUCGCACAAGAGUUCUGUCUGAUGGUUGUUCGGAACACAUGCGUCUCUCCAGUCCUCGUGUGCUGAUGUUGUGUACAUUCAUCUCUCCAACACAUUCGGGCCAAUAAACAUGUUCCCUGUCCCUCUGUUCCUCAUCGGUCCAACGGCUGAGUGGGGUCGUCUUAAGUAUCAUGAGUAGUGAUGGGGACAGUUUCAUGACUAUGUAAUGUUUGUCUUUGAACUACUACGUCAGUGAAACCUCUCAUCGCCUCUCAUCCAAGAGCACCAUCUAGUGGACACUGUUUCAUUAACCUUAUAAUUCUAUUUCACCACACCUCAGCUACGCUUCACUACUCAACAGUGGUCACCUUAAGAAAGACAAUGGAACUAAGAAAAACAUGAUGAGUUUUUCAGCCUCUCCUUUUCUCACAGUGCCCAUAUUUCACCGUCCUCUAACUAGGCUUGCCUGUUGAUGUAAGCAAGUCCAUCGCAUUGAUAAGCAUCAUACAGCAUAUCACCAUUAUAAAAUAAACACAUGUAUAUUUACAACUGUUCUCCUGAACUGCAAGCUCCCAGAUGAUGGAAGAAUUACUUGAACAGAAGCAGCAUGACAAAUGCACAUGCGAGAUCAAACAUUUUAGUUUUCAGACAAAUGAGUCUUUGCUUCACAAAGUAAAUAUUGGAAUGAGUAAAAAUUUGGAAUUGACAUUUAUCUGUUCACCCGUGGCCUUAAUCCUGGAGACUGAACAAACAAAAAAUGUUUUUUAAACCUUUGGUGGUUGGCUACUGUGUCUUUAAGUAAUAGAUAAACUGCUCUGUGACUCAGGAUGGAGCAGCUGCUUCUUGUGAUGUGUUGAUAAGGUUCCAUGAAACAGUGACCUGACCUGAAGACUGUCUGCCGUAUACUUGCCUGUGAACAAUAGGAUCAAUGACACCUCACGUCACGUCAACAACGAACGAAAAUUAGGACACUGUUUCAUGAAGCCUCAUCCUCCCACUAUCUGCUUCUACUGAAAACAGGACGCUGAGGUAUUUGAUGCAUUUGAACUCAUCCAUGUGCAGCUCAGCAAUUUUGACAAAAAUAUAUUCAAGAGACAAAGUGAGUGAACACAUUUUCCUUGUUCUCAUGCUUGUGUAUUCUCUUUGAAAUAUGUCACCCUCAAACUUUAUAUUUUAGUGCAACAAUCAACAAACUUGACGGAUCAUUGCUGCUGAAUCAUUCAUUUGCCUUUGUCGCAUGAGAUUUGGGUUCAUUUUGGGAUACAAACAGGGUCCUUUUGUUGUUAGCAUUGCAAGUGACUCACAUCUUAUCACUUCAGUCCAAACUUCUUUGUCAAUGAAAAUGUCAUGUGAUGGUCCAAAAUCAAACCAUCAACUUGUGAACGGGUGUUGUCUUAACGCUAUUGCUCUUUUUGUACUGGGGUCCAUUUGUAGAUACUUUCUAUAUGUUUCUACUUGGUUUUCGACAACCAUUAGUUCUUGGUGCAAUGAGAUUCUUCUCCCUGUCACGGAACAGAUUGCAAUCAUUUCCAUGGUGUCCUUUUGUAAAGUAACCGUCAACCGUAUGUGCUUGCGUUGUGAAUCAAAGUGGUGAUAAAAAAAAGAAUAAGAAUUUAUUCUCAGUAUUUAUGGUUAUUUAUGUGUGAGUGUGCAUGUGAAAAAAAUACAACUUUUAUAACCAAAAUAAAUUUGAUAUUUUUUA